GAGAUCUUGUUGUGAAACAAACCCAGGCAGUCUCUUCCUUUUACUACAAUUGCUAGAAUUUAUCUGAGAGUGCUUCCACGAAACAAUGCUUUCCAACUGGAUAAACGCUGUAAAUUUACCUUAACACAGAACAGGGGCACAUUCCAAACUCCGAACUUCCCUGAAAAAUACCCAAAUGGUGUCCAAUGCAUUUGGAACAUUAAAGUACAAGUGGGUCGAUUCGUUCUACUCUCUUUCGACACAUUUGUGUUAGAAAGCUUUAAUGGAAAAUGUAUUGAUAUGGUAGAGGUCAAGGAUGGAAGCAAGUCCACGGAUCAACUGCUUGGUACUUUUUGUAACGCCAGCCUCCCACCAAAGGUCAUUACAUCGAGUUCAAACAGCUUGAGGAUUUGGUUUUUUUCUGACAUGACAGACGCUUAUAGAGGUUUUAAUGCCUCCUACAUCAGCCAAUGGGAAAAAGGCUGUGGUGGUUCCGUCACAGACUUCCCUGGGCGAAUUUCAUCGCCUCGAUACCCAGAUUAUCCUUAUCCCAACUCCAUGCUAUGUGAUUGGACUAUCUCUGCACCACGGAACAAGUUCAUUCGCCUUGAAGUUUAUGAUUUUAAAGUAGAGUUCAGAUGCGGAGGAAAGUGCGCUUGUCCUGAUCGUCUACAAUUAUGGGACGGACCAGAAUUCAAUGAGACAGAGCUUGGAAGUUUCUGCGCGACCAUCCUUAAAGUGAUUGUUUCGAAAACCAAUCGGAUGCGGUUGCGCUUCGCAACAAAUGAAGAAGGACGCUUCGAAGGCUUCCGAUUGUCGUAUACAACCUCUGUCACACCAAGUUGUGGUGGAGAUUUUACCGGAAAGAGUGGCUCGAUCAUAUCUCCAAAUUACCCGAGGUCUUUUCCUUCGUUUUCUGACUGUGUUUGGCGGGUAAAAGCGCCCAUUAGCCGUUACAUAUCACUACGGUUUCAAGAAUUUACUGGAAUCAACGGCACAAAUUCGAAAUGUUUAUUUGACUCAAUUGAAAUAAGGGAAGGACAUUCAAAUGAAGCUCCGCUCAUAGGUCGCUACUGUAUUCAGAACAUUCCGCCAGUCAUUGUAUCCAAAGGUCAUAAAAUGUACAUUUAUUUCAAGUCAAGAAGUCAUGAGUUUAAAGUGACAGCUCAAAAAUUCAGAAGGUUCAAAGCAUUAUUUCUGACUCACACAACAGAAUGUAAUGAAACAAUCGGCCUCGAGGACGGCAGAGUCAAAAAUUCUCAACUGUCUGCGUCCUCCUACUACACUCUUCAGCUUGGUCGAGGUCAGCUUCACCUUUCUCCUUGGCACGGGAGGGUGGGGAAUGCUUACUCAUGGUGUAGCCAGGCACAAACACCUAACAGGAUGAUUGACGAAUAUCUUCAAGUUGAUCUGUUGAAAUUGACCGACAUCACUGCCAUAGCAACACAGGGUUAUCGACUGCUUGGUACCGCAUACAUGGGAUAUGUGUCAAACUAUAGACUGCAAUAUACAUAUGACGGAAGCCACUGGAUUCCUUAUAUGAACAACAUUAAAAACAGCACCAGAAGGGGAUACACAGAGUUCAGAGGGAAUUCAAACUUAACAGAUAUCAAGAAGAAUCUGUUAAAACCGUCCAUUGUAGCGCGAAGGAUUCGAAUAUUUCCAAUUGGUUACCAGAGCUUUCCUGUUCAUCACGUGUGUCUUCGGGCGGAACUGUACGGCUGUCGUUAUAACCUAGCAUGUGGAAGUAUUAUUACUCCAGCGAAGCAGAGCAAAAUAUCAGUCCGUGGAUCUGAUCGACAAACUAAAGAGUGUACUUGGUUAUCAAUUCCCAGUCAGCCAAGCCCACAGAAUGAAGUCAUAACCUUUCACUUCACUUACUUUGAUGUACCAUGCAAGCAUGGCCACGUGAUACUACUCGCCAGAGAUGAUACCCAAAUACAGAAGUUUUGUGGCGCAGACCCUCCUCAGGUGUCCAGUCUUCCUGCAACUAGCCAAAUAAUGGUGAAACUAAAGCUUACGAAAGGAGCGGCUGUAUGGGGAUUCGACCUAAAGUACAGAACUGAGUACUUAGGAUGUGGAGAAAUAAUUAGAGUGACUGAAAGCGGUACUGUGACGUCACCAAACUAUCCUUUGUCGUAUGACAACGAUCAGACCUGCACGUGGCUUUUCUCCUCGGAACCUGGGUCAAAGAUUACACUGAGAUUCCUCGAAUUUGAUCUGCAACCAGCCAAUGGAUCAGAGUGCCUUGAUUUUGUUCAGAUUCAAGAGAGUCGACUAAAUCCUACGACGGUUUUGAAGAAAUUCUGCGGAAACUCUGUCCCCAUUCAAGUGGUAUCCACCAGCAAUCACUUACGCUUCACUUUCCACAGUGACAAUACAACUAACGCGAAAGGCUUCUUUCUAGAAUAUGGUCUUUAUUUACCCACUGGAAACGGCUCUUUAUCCUCCCAAGACCAAUCAGAUGGAUGGGCUAACAAGGUUCCCUCUUUCUUUAAAGGACAAAUAGAUAUCGCACUGGCUGAAACACCAACCGAAGGAAGUCAACACAGCUGCGUGGGACACACGAGCGGCGUACAAGCUUUUCUAAUCUCUUUAAGCUUUCUUUAUUUAUCAAUUGAAAUACUGUAAAUUACGACUGAUGUAAGUCGACAUGUAUGUACUAAACAAAAUUAGCCUAGACUAUAAAGAUGACAAGUCACGAAACAAGCUGA